AUGCCGUCAAAAUCAUCAGGGCGCAUCGCCAAGGUGCGCAAGAAUAAAUACUCGACACCCCAUCAGAAGAAUCACCGAUGGCAGUCCUUCUCCGACAAGAUUGCCCAGUUCAACUCGCUGCAACCCCUCCGCCGCGUCCGCCGCCACGACCUCGACGAGGAAGACCUCUCCGCCGCGACCUCCUACUUCCGCACCGGUAUCCAGAAAUGGAACGAGCUCAACAUCGGGCGAUGCUUCGUCUCCUUCAAGCAAAAGGUGCUGCCCAUCAGCGAGACGCUGCCGCAGAUCCUGCACUUUGAGGCCCGCAUCAUGGAUCUACUCGAGGAGCACAUUGCCGAGCAGGACAAGGAUGGCUUGGAGCCGCUGCUGGACCUGCUGACAGCCUUUGCCCACGACCUCGGCGCGCGCUUCGAAAAGUACUACGAGCGGAGCCUGGCCCUCAUUAUCGCCGUCGCGGGACGCCCGCAGCCGGCCGAGGUGCUUGAGUGGACGUUUGGCGCGCUUGCGUUCCUCUUCAAGUACCUGGCCAAGCUGCUGGUGCCGGACGUGCGGCCGACGUACCAAGUCAUGGCCGUGCUGCUCGGAAAGACCCGCCAGCCGGGCCACGUCGCCCGCUUCGCCGCCGAGGCGCUCAGCUUUCUGGUCCGCAAGGCGGCCGCACCAUCAUACCGCGAGACGGCGCUGGCUGGGCUCGUUGCGCACGUACGCGAGGACCUCGCCGCCAUGGCCGCAGCCGGCGACAAGCAGUUCACCCUCUACAACGACGGCAUCAUGACCAUGUUCGCCGAGGCCGUGAAGCACACCGACGGCACCGUCCACUCGACCGGCGCGGCCGUCCUCACGACUCUCAUGGACGCCAUCCCCGACGAGGAAAAGGCCGCGCCGGGCGCCUCGCAGGUCUGGACCGACGUCGUGUGCGGCGUCCUCACGAGCACGAUACACCACGUCCGCGCGGAGCACUUUGACGAGUUCGCCGAGGCCAUCUACGACGCCGUGGAGCGGCAGGGCGUGGCGCCCAAGGUGCCCCCACCGGCAUGGACCGCAAUCCCAUACAUCCGCGUGCUGGGAACGCUGGCGGGCGUGCGCAAAGGCUCACGCAUCAGUAACUGGAACAGAUUGAUCGGGCUGCUCGCCGACCUGCUCGCCAAGAUGGUCCCGUGCCCAGCCGCGACCGAUGACGAGCUGAGCCGCGACGACAGCGACGGCCUGUGGUCGCGCGUGCUUGUCAGCGUGGCCGUCACCUGGCACCACGCGCCCGUCGAUGCCCUUCUCCUGCGGCUCGCGUCCCUAACCCGCUCGCUGACCCGCGAGCCGCUUAUGCGCUGGUUCAUCCCCUUCUGCUCCCUCUUCUGCGAGCUGGACCCACGCCGCUUCGGCAGCCUUCUGCGUGGUGACUUUCAAAAGUUCAUCGCCGCCCACUGGUCACACGGCACGCACAGUGACGGUGCCUCCAACGAGGAGAUGCUCUGCACGCUGCUGCCCCAGAUGAUGGAGCGCCGCGCAUUUCCCCCACCCACGGAAAAGGACGCCUUACGGUUGCCGCAGAGCUGGCAGGACCAGAUCGUGUCCAAGUUUGAGCACCUCGAGAUCUCGCCGUUCCCCGAGCGCGGCCCGUACAACAAGGACCCCCAGGUGUGGCGGGACCGCUGCCUACCGAAAUACGCCGCGCUGCUCCAGGUCCUCGAGCUGACGGCGGUCCACCCUUCUACAAACGCCCGCAUCGCCGAGCUGCUGCUAAAGAAGCUGAAGCUGGCUCUGCGACCCUCGUCGACGCUCGAUUCUGACGAGGUGCGGUUCAUCGUCGGGCCCGGGUUCCACGCCUACCUGGGCAUGAGCAAGGCCGCGGGCGUCAUCGAUCCGACCCUUAGCCGACUGCUGCGCGCUGCUCUUCCUCGCUUUGCGCGCUCCGUUGGGUUCCUGCGGUCCUAUCUCACCUACGUAUCGUCCGUGUCUGGCAGCGAAUCACCAGAUGCACAGGCGACCUCUGAAGAAAACGUAACAGAAACUGACCCUGCCAUUGCGUCCCUUAUUGAAAAUCUUGGCUCCCCUUCACACGAUAUCCGCCUCACCUCCUUACAGUUACUACAAUACAUGGACAAGUCGGCUACGGUACUCGACGUCAUGCUACAGAUCGAAGAAACCCCCCUUCAGCUGCAGAAUACGAGAAGUAUUGGUAUGCUCAUGCGGAAGCUUGGCCAAGAUUAUAUGCACGUGGACAGCUCCAGCUGGCUUAGCAAUGCUGUACCCUCUUUUCUAUUUGGUUUGCUCACGGUAAAGCUCUCACCCGUUUGGGACGAUGCCAUUGAAACUUUAAAACAUGUUGCGCAAUCCAAGGCCGGUGAGGAGGCCAUUGCCAAGAUUGCGUUCCGAUGGAUGGAAGUGCCCUCGCCGCGGUGGAAGGGCCCGAUAGGCGACGCAUCAGCUACACAAAAGCCCGUCCUGUCAGACUUUGACUGCACAGCAUACAUGGCACUCACAGAAGCUGGGAAGAAGGCACGAGACGAUGCGGUUGGCGCGGCAACUAGGAUGCUCGAAACAUUCGACCAAGAGCAGCAGCUUGUCGAGAACCUUGCCGAGUUUGCGCGAAAUCGUGCGCUCAAGGUUUUCAACGCGCUCCCCGCUAUCGCCGAGAAGAGGUCCCGCCAGCUGGUACCUCAUCUUCUCUGCUGGGCCGGCGAGUCAGAAGACGCGGUGGACGACGGGACUGAUGAGGAUGUCGGAGAUGAUGAGGAUAAGAACUGGUCGCUGGCCGACAGAAAGAGCAUCAUCGGCGUUUUCUCACAAUUUGUCAACCCCAAGGUCCUUUAUCAGCACGACAAGGUCUACGAUGCGCUGCUGCGACUGCUCGAGCAUGGUGACAUCGAGGUGCAGAAGCUCGCGCUCAAGGGUAUCCUCGCCUGGAAGCAGGAGGGCGUCAAGACAUAUCAGGAGAACCUCGAGUUCCUCUUGGACGAGGCACGCUUCAAGAACGAGAUUGCCGUCUUCUUGCAGGACGACGAGCUCAUCAAGCCCGCUCACAAGCCCCAGCUGAUGCCUGUUCUCCUGCGCCUGCUGUACGGCCGCACCAUCUCCAAGAAGGGCGUCGCAAGCGGCCGCCAAGGGCAGCUUGCCACGCGUCUGGCUGUCAUCCGAAACCUUUCCCUCCAAGACAUGGGUGACUUUCUCGACAUCGUCAUGGGUAAGCUUCGAGGCGUACAAGUCCUCGGCCAGUCAGCUGUACAGAGCAAGCCGUCGUUUAACGUGCCUAUCAUCACGCCUCGCCAGCAAGUUGGUUUUGUGAAUAUGGUGUCGUCCUUGAUCACGGAAAUGGGCAGCAGUAUAUCACAGUACAUGGAAAAGGUCCUAAGUCCAGUGUUAUACUGCCUCAUCUAUGCCUGUCGAAAUCUGCGGGACGCCUCAGUGGAGGGCGAGGAGAGCGACAAAGCAAGCAGUGCAUCACUGCUCCGCGUCAAUCGCGUGACGAGCAUCAAGUGUCUCAUCUCACUGUUCCAGAAUGCUCAAGAUUUCCAGUGGGAGCCAUACCAUGACCUCAUCAUCGAGGAGGUCGUAGCACCGAGAAUGGAAAACUUUGCAGGUGAGAUGACUCAAGGCGUGUCCGGUCUGAUGCAGCUAUUUUCUACCUGGUCCGUCCUGCCCAAGUCGGCCCUCUUCCUCGCACCGCGCGACACAUCACUGCCCGUUGGCGUCUUGCCCAGCGUCAUCGACUGCAUCACGGCGGAAAAGACCAAGGACGAUGUCAAGAUUCACUCGCUCGAGAUUCUGCGCAAUCUGGUAAAGCUGGCCGUUGCGCCUGCCAGCGAAUCCGAGUUUAAUGAGCUGAUUAAGGUGGAAUUGCUGGAUGCCAAUGUGAAGAAGAUUUUGGCCGGCAUAACCAAGGUUCUAGAAGAGCAAACCGUCAGCCACGCGCUCCUCGAAGCCUGUGUCGAAACUAUCUUGGCAUUCGCAGUCGUUGUUCAGGACAUUGAGAACAUCCAGUCCGUCAUCCGUAUUUCCAGCUACUUGCUGAACCAACCCCCUCGACGUGUCAGCCCCAAAACCAAGGGACGCAUCCUUCUUAUUGUCGAGAGCUUCGUGUCCAUGGAGCAUGCUGGACAAGACGCUCAGCUGCUACAGCAAGUCUACGAUACACUCUCCUCACUCUUUGGCUACUUCAAGGAUCGCGAAAACAGACAAUCGCUAGCACGCGCUCUGCUUGCUCUCUCAAAGCAAGACCCCGAAGUUGCUGUUGUUGCUAGUCUUUGCAGAGACCUUAACUCAUACAAGGAGGGCCGCCUGGACGAGCCAGAUUACGAUCAACGCCUCGGCUCGUUUACUACUAUUGCAGCCGCACGAGAGGUUGCUUGGACGCCGAAGCAGUGGCUGCCCGUGCUGCAUAACCUCAUUUAUUUCAUCCGUGACGACCAGGAAUUCGGAGUCUUGUCAACCAACUCCGCUGAUGGUCUGAGACGAUUUGUUCAAGAUGUCGCUGACUCGCAGCCCGCUGACGUCAAGGCUGUCUUUGAAGAGAUGCUCAGAUCUGUGCUCAUGCCUGCAGUGUAUACGUGCGCCCGGGACCCCUCAGAGACGGUACGCCGCCAGACACUCCGCGUGCUUGGCUUCCUGCUUUCGACAAUGCCUGAUUGGACACCCGUUGCCGACCUCAAGGGCUUGUUGGUGGAACACAACGAGGAGUCGACUGAUCCCGCAUUCUUCUUCAACCUGCUGAGCCCCGCCGUAGCGCGCCAGCUUGAGGCUCUAAAGACCCUCGAGGCUGCGAACCUAUCGCAGGAGAUGAGCAGCCAGAACCUGUCACAAUUCUUCAUUCCUCUGCUGGAGCAUUUCAUCUUUGGGCGUGAGGACGGCGCGGAUGACCAUGGUCUAGGUGCGCAGGCCACAGCUACCAUCGGAACCCUGGCCAUGUCUCUCCACUGGAACCACUACCGCACGACUCUGCAGCGAUACAUUAGCUACGUCGGGUCCAAGCCGGAGCUGCAGAAGCAAACUAUCCGCUUGGCAGGUCGAUUUGCCGACAGUCUCAGCGCCUCGCUAGAGAGUAAGGAGGAGGAUGACAUGGAAGUAGAUGGCGAGGGUGCAUCUGCUCAGAAGCAGCGCCUUGCCACGAGCAUCUCCAAAACCCAGCUUCCCGUUGACAUCUCGGAAUACUUCCUGCCGCCACUCACCAAGUACCUUCACGAAAAAGACGAGUCCGAAGUCAGUUACCGUGUGCCGGUUGGUGUCAUCAUUGUCAAGCUACUCAGGCUCCUCCCUGAACAGCAAAUGACCCAGAAGCUUGCUGGAGUCUUGACUGACAUUUGCCAUAUUCUGCGCAGCAAGAACGAGGAAUCGCGAGACUUGACCCGAGACACACUGGUCCAGAUUGCCGUUGUUCUUGGCCCGGGAUACUUUGGCUUCCUUCUCAAGGAGCUCCGAAGCGCCCUGACACGUGGCUACCAGCUGCACGUGCUGUCAUAUACCAUGCACUCCAUUCUGGUCGCUUCAGUGCCCUCGUUCGGUCCUGGUGAUCUCGACCACUGUCUGCCCUCCAUCGUCACCGUCAUUAUGGAUGACAUCUUCGGCGUCGUUGGCCAAGAAAAGGACGCUGAGGGAUACACCACGCAGACCAAGGAAAUCAAGGGCAGCAAGAGCCAGGACUCGAUGGAGCUAGUUGCCAAGACCGCCACCGUAACGCACCUCAUCCACCUAGUCAAGCCGCUGCAGGCACUUCUCAUGGAAAAGGUUGACCUCAAGAUGGUGCGCAAGAUUGAUGCCCUCAUGUCCCGCAUUACCGUUGGCCUGAUGCAGAACCCGGCCGCUGAGAGCCGCGACACUCUUGUGUUCUGCUACGAAGUCAUCCAGGAAGUCUACAACAGCCAGAAGCCCCAGCAAGAGCAAAAGAUGGACCCGAGAGUGCGAAAGUAUCUCAUUCAAAAAGGUGCCAAGAAGAGUGACCGAGGCAAGGGGGCGAAGCACACAUACAAGCUGAUGCGCUUCGCCUUUGACAUUCUGCGCGCUAUGCUGAAGAAGCACGAUAGUCUGCGAACACCCGAGAAUAUCGCGGGCUUCUUGCCCAUCAUGGGUGAUGCCAUCGUCGCCGGCGAGGAUGAGAUCAAGAUUUCCACUUUCCGUUUGUUGGCAGCCAUUGUCAAGGUGCCCAUGGGCGAGGAUGGAGCCAACCUUUUCAAAGUCACCGUCAGAGAGGCCACCAAGAGCAUCUCCAUGUCGACGUCUACCACUACCGACCUGGCACAGGCUGCACUGAAGCUGCUGUCUGUGCUGCUGCGCGACCGACGUGACGUGAUUGUCAAGGACGCGGCGGUUGACAUGCUCCUCGGAAAGCUCAAGGAUGACUUUACGGAGCCCUUGUACCGCCACGUCACCUUCAACUUUUUGCGAUCCGUCCUCGAUCGUCGCAUCGAGACAGCCGCCGUCUACGAUACCCUCGAUCACGUCGGCACGGUCAUGAUCACCAACGAUGACAAGGACACGCGCGACCUCGCCCGCGGCGCCUUCUUUCAGUUUAUUCGCGAGUAUCCCCAGAAGAAGGCCCGUUGGGCCAAGCAGCUGGAUUUCAUCGUCGCCAACCUCAAGUACGAUCGCGAAGGCGGUCGUCUGUCCGUUUUGGAGAUCCUGCACCUCCUUCUCAUGAAGGCGUCUGACGAGUUUGUGCAGCAGGUGGCGUCGACUUGCUUCCUGCCGCUCUUCUUUGUGCUCGCCAACGACGAAAGUGAAAAGUGUCAGCUGGCGGCGGCCGAGCUGAUCAAGGAGAUUUUCCAAAAGGCCGACAAGGAGCGCAUGCAGCAGUUCCUCACCCUGCUGCGGUCCUGGCUCGACAAGAAGGACAACCUGCCGGUGCUUCGGCUUGGCCUGGCGGUCUUCGGGUACUACUUCGAAGCAAACGAGGAGGCUGCUAGAAAUAAAAAGGACUACAAGCUGGUGUUGUCUACUAUCGGAGAGCUACUGGCCCAGGAUGUCACCGAGCUGGACGCUGAUCUCGUCAACACCAUCAUCAGCAUAGUGCAACUAUUCACUGUGCAAUACCCUGAGCGUAUUCUCACACCUGAAAACGAGCAAUUGUGGAUCAAUGUUGCUCUUUGCUUGCAGCACGAGGACGCUAAUGUGCGCCUCGUAACGAUUCGCUUGAUCGCCUUGUAUCUCGGUGACUUCGCCAAGCAGAGUGGCGGCACACCUCCGGGACAAGCCCUCAAGGGCUCUCACGGUCUCACGUUACCCGUGGAGAAGCUGCAAGAUUACGUGCGUCUGAGCUUAAACGUCCUUGGUGGCGCCCAGGUCGACGAAGCUCUGGCCAAGGAGGUCACACAGGUCAUCAUUUUCCUCGGACCCCGACUUGCCGAUGUUCCCGAGAAGAAGGUUGUUGAAAAAGAUGUCGACGAAGAGGAGAAACAAGCCGAAGGAGAAGAAGAAGAGGACGAAGAGGAGGAGGCGGCGGACCAAGACGACGAAGAGGUCGCCCAGCGCCCCCGGGACAUUGGCUACCUCUUCUGGCGCCUGUCUCAUAUCCUGCGCAAGGAGAUCCGCCCGCGCGCCCCCGCCAUCGUGCCCAAGGUGCACGCUAUGGAGGCCCUCGAGACCAUCGCGCGGCGCAUACCAGCCGAGCGCCUGCGCCCCUCGCUGCGCAAGGUGCUGGAGCCGCUGCACCACCUGACGGACCCGUCGAUCCCCGUGCCGUUCAGCGCCGACGACGAGUUCCGCACGGCGCUCGAGGGCGUCAAGGCGCGGGCGCACAUCAUGAUGGACGCGCUCCAGAAGAAGUUCGGCACAGCCGAGUACACGCGGCUGCUGCUGGCGGUGCGCGAGCAGGUCCGCCGCCGCCGCCAGCAGCGGUCGAGCAAGCGCAAGAUCGAGGCCAUCGCGCAGCCGGAGAAGUACGGCCGCGACAAGAGGAAGAAGCUGGACCGCAACAAAGAGCGGAGAAAGGUGCGGUCCAAGGAGCAGAAGACGAUGCGGCAGACGUACAAGACGUGGUAG